AAGUUAGCCGCACAGGGGCUUAGCAUGCUAACCGGAAGUUAGCCUCGCAGCGCAGCUCAGAGUGAAAACAGAGUUCGUGGAGAAAAGUUUCGAGCGAUGGAAAUGAGUAAAGUCCAGGUGCUGAGAGCGUUGGUGAAGCAGCGACUGAGUGCGGCUGCUGAAGAGAUAUUCGGGCUGUUUGAAAGAACGAUAUCAGAGUACGAGCAGGAACUCUGUCGGUCCAAAGAGGAGAACCAGAGACACCGGAAGCUGCUGGACGCGGUGUUCCAGCCUGAAGUCCGGCUGCACAGAGCAGUGAGUCCUGCAGACGUCCAGCAGCUGUCAGGGAGCAAAGAAGAGGUUCCUCCUGAGCAGCAGGAGUGGAGCCUCAGUCUGGACCAGGAGGACCCAGAGCCUCCACACGUUAAAGAGAAGUGGAGCCUCAGUCUGGACCAGGAGGACCCAGAGCCUCCACACGUUAAAGAGAAGUGGAGCCUCAGUCUGGACCAGGAGGACCCAGAGCCUCCACACGUUAAAGAGAAGUGGAGCCUCAGUCUGGACCAGGAGGACCCAGAGCCCCCACACGUUAAAGAGGAACAGGAGGAUCUCUGGACCAGUCAGGAGGAAGAGCAGCUUCCAGGGCUGGAGGACGCUGAUAUCACCAAGUUCCUAUUCACUCUUCUCCCUGUGAAGAGUGAAGAAGAUGAUGAAGAGGAACCUCAGUCCUCACAGCUUCAUCAGAGCCAAACUGAACAGAUGGAAACAGAAGCUGAAGGAGAGGACUGUGGAGGACCAGAACCAGCCAGGGACUCUGCUCCAGACAGACUUUUACAACCUGAGACUGAAGACAGGACUCUGAGAGUCCCUGUCAGUGAUGUGAGAUGUACUAUGAAGAAACCAUUGAGCUGCUCUGAGUGCGGGAAAGGUUUUCGCCAUAUGCCAAAUCUGAAGAUGCACAUGAGAACCCACACGGGCGAGAAACCCUUUACUUGCUCAGUUUGUGGUAGAGGGUUUUCUCAGAAGGCAAACUUAAGUCGUCACAUGACACGUCAUACAGGAGAGAAACCGUUCAGCUGCUCUGUUUGUAAGAAACGUUUUAGAUACAGAGGAGACGUUGGGAGACACAUGAAGAUUCACACAAGGGAGAAACUGUUACUCAGUGAGAUCCACCAAGAGUCAGAACCAGAUAAGACUGAAGACGGUUACGGUGGCAGGGAGAAGACCAGAGGACCUCGGUCAGGUUUAAACCCUAACAAAGUCCCUAUCCAUGUGAGACCUAGUACUGACAAGAAACCAACCACAAGAUUUAGUCAAAAGGGAGAUCUGCUGACUCGCUCGAGGAUUCAUACAGGAGAGAAAACCUUUAGUCGCAGAAUCUGCGAAAAAAGCUUCACUCAAAACCUACAUCUGACAAAGCACAUGGCGGUCUGCUCAGAGGAGUGCAGCACCUGGGAUCAUCAGCUCCGAACCCCCAGGUGCGUUGGUCCUCAGUCCUCACAGCUUCAUCAAAACCAAACUGAACAGAUAGAUGCUGAUGGAGAGGACUGUGGAGGACCAGAACUAGCCAGGGACUCGGAUCCGGAUAGACUUUUACAACCUGAGACUGCUGAUUCUGGAGUUGAAGUCAGUGAUGGUUGGAAGGAGCCCAGAGGACUUCAGUCAGGUUUAAACUCUCUGAGAAGUAAUGGAGUAAGUGAUAGUACUGCUGAGAAACCACGUAGUUGCUCUGUUUGCGGUAAAGGUUUUAGCCGCAAAUACUCUCUGAAAAUCCACAUGAGGAUCCACACAGGAGAGAAACCGUUCAGCUGCUCAAUUUGUGGUAAACAUUUUAAUCAGCGCUUCCACUUUGUUGAACACAUGAGGCGUCACACAGGAGAGGACACGUUUGACUGCUCGCUGUGUGGUAAAAAGUUUGGUUACAAUUUCCGACUGAAGAAUCACAUGAGGACUCACACGGGAGAGAAACCGUUCGGAUGCUCGCUCUGUGGAAAAAGAUUCGCCCAAAAAGGAAGUCUGAGACAACACAUGUUGCUUCACACAUGAUAGGAAGUCUCCAGGAGAAUCACUGGACUCUGGUCAGCGUGUCGAUGAAAUCCUGAAACUGCUGAGAAACGUUCCACUUUACAUUUCUUACAACAGAAUUCAAAUGGUAGAACAAUGUGGACCAUGUGGAAAUAAGACCUGGGGUUCCUCAGGACUCUUUUUGUCUGUUCUCACUUCGGCCGUCAGCGUGGACGGCAGAGAUGUGACAGGAAAUCAGCUGGUGGUACAACAAAAGUCUUAAACCCCACCAAGUGUUUGUACAAAGCCCUCAGAAGGUAAUAAAAGCUGUUAAAUGUGGUGAAUAAACGCUGCUGUAAUGUUCUCA